GAGAAGAUAGUUCUGCGAAUUCUCCAGGAGUGGCUGGAGGGGAGGGGGGUGGAGCCAGUGACGUGGGAGACACUCAUCAAGACACUCAGAGACUGCGACCUCUCAGCUCUGGCUGACGAGGUUCACCAGAAACUGCCGUCAUCUCACUCCUGAUCUCGUGUACACCUCACCCUUGACCUCUCUCUCUCUCUCUCUUUGACAAUGUUUGUAGCUUCACUGCAUUUCAUUUGCAGCUAGCAUUGAGCGCCAAAUAGCCUUCGCGUUUUUUUGCCAUUUCACGAGAAUGCCUACGAGUUUUUUGUGCACGUUUAUCGAUUACGUCAAGGAGCCCGUGAGUGUUUUGCCGUUGGAAGCAGCCUACAAGUUUUCCCCCCCAUUUCUCAGGUACAUUACAACUUUAUUUCAUUUCGUGAGUAUGGCAAAGUCUACAAGUUUUUUUGCCCAUUUCACAGGUUCAUGUGCUAAGCAGCCAACCAGUUGUUUUGUGUACAUCAAGCCUAAGUGUAUUUCCCCAUUACAUUGGUAGGCAAGCAGCCCACGAGUUUUUUUUGCCAUUAAUUUUAUGAAGAAGGCAACCAGUCUACAUGUUUCCCCCCAUUUCAUGGGUACACUAAGAUGCCAGCGAGUUUUUUUGCCCAUUUUCACGAGUACGGCAAGCAUCAUGCAAGGUUUUUUGUAAUAAUUAUUGCACAAAUACAGGAAGAAUCCUACAAGUUUUUUUUGCGUUCUUUACGAGUACAGUUUGUCCCUGUAAUUCCAGGUUAUCCCCACGGUCACCCUGACUGCGCCAACUACGAUGAGGAUAUUCAACAUCUGAAGGAGAAGGUGGACGCGGGCGCAGAUUUCAUCAUCACGCAGCUGUUCUUCGAGGCCUCAACUUUCAUCAAGUUCUACCAUGACUGCAGGAGGAUUGGGAUUACUGUUCCCAUCAUGCCAGGAAUACUGCCCAUUCAGGGCUACAGGAGUCUGCACAAUCUGACAAAGCUAUCGAAACUGGAGGUUCCUCGAAACAUCAUGGACGCCAUCUUACCCAUCAAAGAUGACGACGCCGCGAUCCAAAAGUUUGGCAUCAGUUUUGCCGUCAACAUGUGCAAAGAGCUACUCAACUCUGGACUGGUGAAUGGUCUACAUUUCUAUACUCUGAAUCGAGAGGUCGCCACUAUUUCAAUCCUUACUGAACUAGGUAUGUGGUGUGAUGACCCGCUGUCACUGAAGACGUUGCCAUGGAAAGCUCCAGCCAGUCACAAGAGGUGUACCGAAGACGUCAGACCAAUCUUCUGGGCCCAGAGACCCAAGAGCUACAUACACAGGUAUUGUAUAUAUAGACUAUAGCUGGAGAGUGCAGUGAAAGAUAUAGGGUGGCCUAAAUUGUUUGUACUUUUAGCAAGCAAGUGGGGGGAAGGACAGACCAACUAACCAUCCUGAAUACCUUGACUAUAGCUGGAGAGUGCAGUGAAAAUAUAGGGUGGCCUAAAUUGUUUGUACUUUUAGCAAGCAAGUGGGGGGAAGGACAGACCAACCAACCAUCCUGAAUACCUUGACUAUAGCUGGAGAG